AUGAACAAAAUGGAUAUCAAAACAUGGCUCCAAGAUCUUCGAGAAGAAGUGUCAUGUCCUGUGUGUACUAACAUCUACACGAACCCAAAACAGCUCCAAUGUUUACACAGUUUCUGCCUCCAAUGCUUGCAGCAAUGGCGCAGAACAAGUCAUGGCCGAGACACAAUCAGAUGUCCGAAAUGUCAAGCUCUAAACAAAGUUCCGGAAAGUGGCGAUCUGAAAGAUCUACCAACCAGUUUUUACUUAAACGGCCUGAUUGAUGUACUAGCCAUUAAAGAAUGUAAAAGCAGUCGAGUACCGUGCGGAAAUUGCGACAAGAAAAGCUACGAGACAUUUUAUUGUUUCCAGUGUUGCAUAUUUUAUUGCCAAGAAUGCGUCAUUGGACACAACAUCAUGCGAAGUAACAAAGAUCACCGUGUUCUUGCGCUCAGAGAUUUUCAAGAAAAGGACUUUGAGGAUGUAAUGAAACGACCCAUAUACUGCUCGAAACAGCGGCACGAGAAAGAAGAACUGAAAUACUUCUGCAAGAAUUGUACUGAGGCGGCUUGCCAAAGUUGUGUAUUGAUAGAUCAUGCGGGUCACGCUAUAGCGCACUUAGACGAAGAAGCUGAAAAACAAAAGAUUCAAAUGAAAUCACUGAUAGAAACAAAGAAGAGUGAUUUACGAGAAAAAAUAAAUAUUGUGGGACAACUCGACGAGGAUUACGCAAAAAUAAUACAAAGAGGAGAAGACUUGAAGCGAGAAGUACAGGAACUUGUGGACAAUUUGUUUACAACUGUUGAAGCAAAAAAACAAGCCAUUUAUGAAGCAGUGGAGAGAGAAACGAGGAAAUCGCUCGAAAUUAUUGCAGGGCAAAAAACGCAGAUCGAACGUCAAAUUAUGGGAAUCGAAUCAUCGUUGGAGAAAGCUGAUAAACUGAUGAUACGAAGUACGAACGCCCAAGUCGUUCAACUGAUGAAAUCAUUAGGGACAAUGUUUCAACGCGUUGAUCAAGACCAACUCUUGAUCUUCAACCUUAUAAAGCCUCCUUUUUCAGCUUUUGUGGAGAAUCAAAAACUGUUCAACACUGUUGAAGCCGAAGGAAUUGGAUCUUUGCGAGUAGUGCACCAAACAAAAGUAAACCAGUCCGUUGCUGAAGGUAAAGGACUUGAAGAAGGAUUUGUUAACCAUAAAGCGCAGUUUACUUUGACUACAAGAGACGCCGAACGAAGACAGUGUUACAAUGAACAUGAUCACGUAACGGUGGAGAUCACGGACGAACAUGGACGAGAAUGCAUGACGGAAGUGCAAAUAAAUGACAAUAAAGAUGGACUCUAUCAGAUCAGCUAUUCUCCCAGAGAUUUAGGAAGGUUUAAAGUAACUGUAAAGGUAAACGGACAUCAUGUUCAAAACAGCCCUUUUACUAUAGUAGUAAAACAAUUUCAAUUCAAAGCCGUGUUGUCUUUCGGAAAAGAGGGUUCUUCUGUAGGAAUGUUUCGUUGUCCUUGGGGCGUAGCAGUAAAUGCCAGGGAUGAAAUAGCUGUAACUGAUUUGGAUAACCACAGAGUUCAAAUUUUCAACAAGAAUGGAGAUUACUUGAAAUCAUUUGGUAGGGAGGGUGACAAAGCGGGAGAGUUUAAAUAUCCGAGGGGAAUAGCAUUUCAUGAAAAUGGAAAUAUUUUUGUGUCAGACCCGGGUAACAACAGAAUCCAGAUUUUCAGUGGGGAGGGUCAGUAUGUGGGCACUUUUGGUAAGAAAGGAAACCUUGAUAGUCGGCUAAAUUCUCCUUGGGGUUUAUCGAUAGACAGUGAUGGAAACAUUAUUGUUGCUGAUACAGGUAACAAAAUGAUAAAGGUCUUUUCUUCUGAUGGCAUGUUUCUAAUGAAGAUAGGUGGACAGGGGGCUUUUACUUGUCCUAUCCACUGUGUCCAGUACGAAACAUAUCUCAUAGUGUCGGACAGAAAUGAACAUUGUAUUAAAGUUUAUGACAGGAAUGGAAACUUUAAGUACAAGUUUGGAAAGAGGGGUGGUGGGUACGGGGAGUUUUAUAAUUCCGGAUGUUUGUUAGUGAACAAAUCAGGAGACCUGAUGGUUUGUGACUCAUAUAAUAAUAGAGUACAAGUAUUUGAACUGAAUGGAAGGUUUUUCAGUAAGUUUGGAACUGAAGGUGGCAAUGUAGGAGAAUUCUAUGGUCCAAGGUCUCUGGCGGAUCUUUCUACAGGGCGAAUUGUUGUCGCUGAUACGGGCAAUAAUCGUAUUCAGAUAUUUGAGUAACAUAUAAUAAGUAAAAAAAGUAUCGAUUUCAAAAAUGUAUUCGUGAAAUGGCGAUGUAAAUGACAGACGUAUCUCUACCAAGAAGUGUAAAGAAUUAAGUCUUUCAGUUAACCCAAUUAUCUAGUUGUGUAAAUAAUUUCGUCUAGCUAGAUACUAAAAGAACGAGUCAUACCAUAGAAGUGCAUUUAAGUUCUUUUUGCUAAGAAGCUAAGAAAGUAAAUCACAAGUUAGUGAAUCAAUAAAAAAAAAACCCAAAGAGGAGCGGGAAAAACGCGUAUGACCACCAGACGGUUUUCGUAGAUGAUUGGUUCAGAACUGAAAGCUGAGGAGACUUUUAAACCAAUCAUGGGAAGUUUAGAGGAAGCGUUAGCAAUACAUGAUAAGUUGAAAAAUCCAAACAUGAUAAGUUGAUGGGCUCCUGUUUGUAAUUGCUCCAAAUUUUCUUCAAUAUUGACAUAUAUUGUAUAGAGGUAUUAUUCGAAUUAUUCAGGAGCCCAUCAGGUAAAAUAAGUCUUUUUGAUUGACGGAUAUAACUAAACCAUGAACAAACUUUUUUUUUUUGGUGAUUGAAGAUGAUUUUUUUUAAAAUUCAUUUAAAUUUAAGACAUUUUCUUUGAAAACCAUAUUUUUUUUUGUAGGCGGGUGUAGAUUAAUUAUGGGUGUACUCGCUUCCCUCCCCUCUCCCCUCCCCCCUUCAUAUUUGUUUUGGAAAGCGAACGUAGAGUAAUGGUGAGAGUACUCACUUUCCUUCCUCCUCCCCCCUCCCCUUGGAAGAGGGACCAAUAAGUGAUAACUGCUAAGCUCUCAGUGGAAGAGGCGAGGAACGGGCUAGCAUUCUUUGGUGGUUAUGGUUUUCAUGUCAAGGAAACGGUUACUGCCCCAUUAUCUUUUAUUUCUAGCCCUUGUUUUAGGUGCGAAUCCUACCUAAAUACAAGAAAUCAAAUUAAUGCAUUUACUGGAUUUUCAAAUUACCCCUCUAAGUUUCUUACUAAGUCUGAAAAGAGUAAUCUUAUCGGUUUUACAGAACCGCCCGUAAAUUCUAAGAAGAAAAUCUCUGAAGCAUAAGGCUUUAAAGUCUCAAUAGCCUAUUUGUACUAUUUGACAAACAUUUUGUUGAUAAAUCGUGGAUGGAAGGAAUUUUAUCACGACUUGUUCACCUCUUUGUCAUGUUGUUCAGUUAACAUCGCGUAACAAUACUACAUGGAAUCUUAUUACAACAAAAAAUAUUUGAAUAACUUAUCAAAUGCAUGAGCGGUUAUUAAGAUUAAAGUCCAGGAAUAAUAAAUAUUGUAUUUUUGACCGAUGAUCUGACAUCUUUUUUUUAUAUAUACCUUUUUUUUUUUUUAAAGAAGAAGUCAUUGGAAAGUCAAAACAUGAAAUAGAGAAAUUUUUAGUACUAUUUUUAACUGCACAAUUUAAGGAAAGGUUCUUUGAUAGCUAUUGUUUCCAUGGUUAAAGACAAGCGCAAUCAGAAAGCAGACGAGUUCGGUUUCGUUAUAAGAAACUAGUGUAAUAAGGCGUUUUUGUCAUGAUCAUCCACGUCGAAGACGGUUGAAAAUACUCAUAGAAGCGAGGCCUUCCGAAAGCGACUUCAAAAGUGGAGCGUAUUAACAUCACAUCUUCUUUAAAAGUGCCAUUUUUUUGAGUAGACAAGUCAAAACUGGAGCUUUUCAAAACGUUGACAGAAAAUGCAUCAAAUACUGCUGCUUCCAUCAGCGUUUUCGAGUGAGAGUAUGGUAUUAAAGGCGGGAAUGUGGAAUAUGAAGUGCGGAAUGGGAAGUGUGGAAUGGGAAUUAUAGAAUGAGAGGGAAUGGGGAGAGGAUUAAGGGAAGUAGUAAAUAGAGAAUGAAGAAUGGAGAAUAGGGAAUGGGGAAUGGGGAAUGGAGAGUGGAAAAUGGACAACGGACAACAGACAAAGGACAACGGACAAUGGACAAUGAAGAAUGGAGAAUGGAGAAAAGAGAAAGGAGAAUGAAGAAUGGGGAAUGGAGAAUGGAGAAUGGAGAAUGGAGAAUGGAGAAUGGAGAAUGGAGAAUGGAGAAUGGGAAAUGGAGAAUGGAGAAUAGAGAAUAGAGAAUAGAGAAAAGAGAAUGGAGAAUGGAGAAUGGAGAAAAAAGAAAAGGAGAAUGAAAAAUGGGGAAUGGAGAAUGGAGAAUGGAGAAUGAAGAAUGGAGAAUGGAGAAUGGAGAAUGGAGAAUGGAGAAUGAAGAAUGGAGAAUGGAGAAUGGAGAAUGGAGAAUGGAGAAUGGAGAAUGGAGAAUGGAGAAUGGAGAAUGGAGAAUGGAGAAUAGAGAAUGGAGAAUGGAGAAUGGAGAAUGGAGAAUGGAGAAUGGAGAAUGGAGAAUGGAGAAUGGAGAAUGGAGAAUGGAGAAUGGAGAAUGGAGAAUGGAGAAUGGAGAAUGGAGAAUGGAGAAUGGAGAAUGGAGAAUGGAGAAUGGAGAAUGGAGAAUGGAGAAUGGAGAAUGGAGAAUGGAGAAUGGAGAAUGGAGAAUGAAGAAUGGAGAAUGGAGAAUGGAGAAUGAAGAAUGGAGAAUGGAGAAUGGAGAAUGGAGAAUGGAGAAUGGAGAAUGGAGAAUGGAGAAUGGAGAAUGGAGAAUGGAGAAUGGAGAAUGGAGAAUGAAGAAUGGAGAAUGGAGAAUGGAGAAUGGAGAAUGGAGAAUGGAGAAUGGAGAAUGAAGAAUGGAGAAUGGAGAAUGGAGAAUGAAGAAUGGAGAAUGGAGAAUGGAGAAUGAAGAAUGGAGAAUGGAGAAUGGAGAAUGAAGAAUGGAGAAUGGAGAAUGGAGAAUGGAGAAUGAAGAAUGGAGAAUGGAGAAUGGAGAAUGAAGAAUGGAGAAUGGAGAAUGCAGAAUGCAGAAUGGAGAAUGGAGAAUGGAGAAUGGAGAAUGGAGAAUGGAGAAUGGAGAAUGGAGAAUGGAGAAUGGAGAAUGGAGAAUGGAGAAUGGAGAAUGGGAGAAGAGAAUGGAGAAUGGAGAAUGGAGAAUGGAGAAUGGAGUAUGGAGAAUGGAGAAUGGAGAAUGGAGAAUGGAGAAUGGAGAAUGGAGAAUGGAGAAUGGAGAAUGGAGAAUGGAGAAUGGAGAAUGGAGAAUGGAGAAUGGAGAAUGGAGAAUGGAGAAUGGAGAAUGGAGAAUGGAGAAUGGAGAAUGGAGAAUGGAGAAUGGAGAAUGGAGAAUGGAGAAUGGAGAAUGGAGAAUGGAGAAUGGAGAAUGGAGAAUGGAGAAAGGAGAAUGGAGAAUGGAGAAUGGAGAAUGGAGAAUGGAGAAUGGAGAAUGGAGAAUGGAGAAUGGAGAAGAAUGGAGAAUGGAGAAUGGAGAAUGGAGAAUGGAGAAUGGAAGAAUGGAGAAUGGAGAAUGGAGAAUGGAGAAUGGAGAAUGGAGAAUGGAGAAUGGAGAAUGGAGAAUGGAGAAUGGAGAAUGGAGAAUGGAGAAUGGAGAAUGGAGAAUGGAGAAUGGAGAAUGGAGAAUGGAGAAUGGAGAAUGGAGAAUGGAGAAUGGAGAAUGGAGAAUGGAGAAUGGAGAAUGGAGAAUGGAGAAUGGAGAAUGGAGAAUGGAGAAUGGAGAAUGGAGAAUGGAGAAUGGAGAAUGGAGAAUGGAGAAUGGAGAAUGGAGAAUGGAGAAUGGAGAAUGGAGAAUGGAGAAUGGAGAAUGGAGAAUGGAGAAUGGAGAAUGGAGAAUGGAGAAUGGAGAAUGGAGAAUGGAGAAUGGAGAAUGGAGAAUGGAGAAUGAAGAAUGGAGAAUGGAGAAUGGAGAAUGGAGAAUGGAGAAUGGAGAAUGGAGAAUGGAGAAUGGAGAAUGGAGAAUGGAGAAUGAAGAAUGGAGAAUGAAGAAUGGAGAAUGGAGAAUGAGGAAUGGGGAAUGGAGAAUGGAGAAUGGAGAAUGGAGAAUGGAGAAUGGAGAAUGGAGAAUGGAGAAUGGAGAAUGGAGAAUGGAGAAUGGAGAAUGAAGAACGGGGAAUGGAGAACGGAGAAUGGAGAAGGGGGAAUGAAGAUGAAGAAUGGAGAAUGGAGAAUGCAGAAUGGAGAAUGGAGAAUGAAGAAUGGGGAAUGGAGAAUGGAGAAUGGGGAAUGGGGAAUGGGGAAUGAAGAAUGGAGAAUGGAGAAUGGAGAAUGGAGAAUGGAGAAUGGAGAAUGGGGAAUGGGGAAUGGGGAAUGGGAAUGGAGAAUGGAGAAUGGAGAAUGGAGAAUGGAGAAUGGAGAAUGGAGAAUGGAGAAUGGAGAAUGGAGAAUGGAGAAUGGAGAAUGGAGAAUGGAGAAUGGAGAAUGGGGAAUGGAGAAUGGAGAAUGGAGAAUGGAGAAUGAAGAAUGGAGAAUGGAGAAUGGAGAAUGGAGAAUGGAGAAUGGAAGAAUGGAGAAUGGAGAAUGGAGAAUGGAGAAUGGAGAAUGGAGAAUGGAGAAUGGAGAAUGGAGAAUGGAGAAUGGGGAAUGGAGAAUGGAGAAUGGAGAAUGGAGAAUGGAGAAUGGAGAAUGGAGAAUGGAGAAUGGAGAAUGGAGAAUGGAGAAUGGAGAAUGGAGAAUGGAGAAUGGAGAAUGGAGAAUGGAGAAUGGAGAAUGAGAAUGGAGAAUGGAGAAUGGAGAAUGGAGAAUGGAGAAUGGAGAAUGGAGAAUGGAGAAUGGAGAAUGGAGAAUGGAGAAUGGAGAAUGGAGAAUGGAGAAUGGAGAAUGGAAAAUGGAGAAUGGAGAAUGGAGAAUGGAGAAUGGAGAAUGGAGAAUGGAGAAUGGAGAAUGGAGAAUGGAGAAUGAAGAAUGGAGAAUGGAGAAUGGAGAAUGAAGAAUGGAGAAUGGAGAAUGGAGAAUGGAGAAUGGAGAAUGGAGAAUGGAGAAUGGAGAAUGGAGAAUGGAGAAUGGAGAAUGGAGAAUGGAGAAUGGAGAAUGGAGAAUGGAGAAUGGAGAAUGGAGAAUGGAGAAUGGAGAAUGGAGAAUGGAGAAUGGAGAAUGGAGAAUGGAGAAUGGAGAAUGGAGAGAUGGAGAAUGGAGAAUGGAGAAUGGAGAAUGGAGAAUGGAGAAUGGAGAAUGGAGAAUGGAGAAUGGAGAAUGGAGAAUGAAGAAUGGAGAAUGGAGAAUGGAGAAUGGAGAAUGGAGAAUGGAGAAUGGAGAAUGGAGAAUGGAGAAUGGAGAAUGGAGAAUGGAGAAUGGAGAAUGGAGAAUGGAGAAUGGAGAAUGGAGAAUGGAGAAUGGAGAAUGGAGAAUGGAGAAUGGAGAAUGGAGAAUGGAGAAUGGAGAAUGGAGAAUGGAGAAUGGAGAAUGGAGAAUGGAGAAUGGAGAAUGGAGAAUGGAGAAUGGAGAAUGGAGAAUGGAGAAUUGAGAAUGGAGAAUGGAGAAUGGAGAAUGGAGAAUGGAGAGUGGAGAAUGAUGAAUGGAGAAUGGAGAAUGAGGAAUGGAGAAUGGAGAAAGGAAAAUGAGGAAUGGAGAAUGGAGAAUGGAGAAUGGAGAAUGGAGAAUGGAGAAUGGAGAAUGGAGAAUGGAGAAUGGAGAAUGGAGAAUGGAGAAUGGAGAAUGGAGAAGAAUGGAGAAUGGAGAAUGGAGAAUGGAGAAUGGAGAAUGGAGAAUGGAGAAUGGAGAAUGGAGAAUGGAGAAUGGAGAAUGGAGAAUGGAGAAUGGAGAAUGGAGAAUGGAGAAUGGAGAAUGGAGAAUGGAGAAUGGAGAAUGGAGAAUGGAGAGAAUGAGAAUGGAGAAUGGAGAAUGGAGAAUGGAGAAUGGAGAAUGGAGAAUGGAGAAUGGAGAAUGGAGAAUGGAGAAUGGAGAAUGGAGAAUGGAGAAUGGAGAAUGGAGAAUGGAGAAUGGAGAAUGGAGAAUGGAGAAUGGAGAAUGGAGAAUGGAGAAUGGAGAAUGGAGAAUGGAGAAUGGAGAAUGGAGAAAUGGAGAAUGGAGAAUGGAGAAUGGAGCAUGGAGAAUGGAGAAUGGAGAAUGGAGAAUGGAGAAUGGAGAAUGGAGAAUGGAGAAUGGAGAAUGGAGAAUGGAGAAUGAAGAAUGGAGAAUGGGGAAUGGAGAAUGGAGAAUGGAGAAUGGAAAUGGAGAAUGGAGAAUGGAGAAUGGAGAAUGAAGAAUGGAGAAUGGAGAAUGGAGAAUGGAGAAUGGAGAAUGGAGAAUGGAGAAUGGAGAAUGGAGAAUGGAGAAUGGAGAAUGAAGAAUGGAGAAUGGAGAAUGGAGAAUGGAGAAUGGAGAAUGGAGAAUGGAGAAUGGAGAAUGGAGAAUGGAGAAUGGAGAAUGGAGAAUGGAGAAUGGAGAAUGGAGAAUGGAGAAUGGAGAAUGAAGAAUGGAGAAUGAAGAAUGAAGAAUGGAGAAUGGAGAAUGGAGAAUGGAGAAUGGAGAAUGAAGAAUGGGGAAUGGAGAAUGGAGAAUGGAGAAUGGAGAAUGAAGAAUGGAGAAUGGAGAAUGGAGAAUGGGGAAUGGAGAAUGGAGAAUGGAGAAUGGAGAAUGGAGAAUGGGAAUGGGGAAUGAAGAAUGGAGAAUGGAGAAUGGAGAAUGGAGAAUGGAGAAUGGGGAAUGGAGAAUGGAGAAUGGAGAAUGGAGAAUGGAGAAAAAAUGGAGAAUGAAGAAUGGAGAAUGGGGAAUGGAGAAUGGAGAAUGGAGAAUGGAGAAUGGAAAAUGAAGAAUGGAGAAUGAAGAAUGGAGAAUGGAGAAUGGAGAAUGGGGAAUGGGGAAUGGGGAAUGAAGAAUGGAGAAUGGAGAAUGGAGAAUGGAGAAUGGAGAAUGAGGAAUGGGGAAUGAAGAAUGGAGAAUGGAGAAUGGAGAAUGGAGAAUGGAGAAUGGAGAAUGGAGAAUGGAGAAUGGAGAAUGGAGAAUGGAGAAUGGAGAAUGAAGAACGGGGAAUGGAGAAUGAGGAAUGGGGAAUGGGGAAUGGAGAAUGAGAAUGGGGAAUGGGGAAUGGAGAAUAAAGAAUGAAAAAUGAAGAAUGGGGAAUGGGGAAUGAGGAAUGGGGAAUGGGGAAUGGAGAAUGGAGAAUGGAGAAUGGAGAAUGGAGAAUGGAGAAUGGAUAAUGGAGAAUGGAGAAUGGAUAAUGGAGAAUGGAGAAUGGAGAAUGGAGAAUGGAGAACGAAGAAUGAAGAAUGGGGAAUGGCGAAUGGGGAAUGGAGAAUGGAGAAUGGAGAAUCAAGCUGGUGCCUGCAGUGAAACUGAAAAGUUAUAUCAAAGAAUAAUUCUACUUUCACGACAAAAACACGCGCCAAGCAGAUAGUGAAUCUAACAAGUCUCAAGUUGUAAUUUGCAUGAUGACUGGUAGCGAGAGUGCGGCCAACUCCUAAACAUAUGAUUGAUUAUAAUUUCUAAAUUACUCCCUUUAAUGUAAACUUGACUGAGAAAAACAAAGUAAUUAUUUUCGUUACUCGCUCAGCUUCAGAUAGUGACAUAGCAAAACAAGUCAAGGUAACUUUUUCGGUAUCUUUCAUUUAUUCCGUACCUUAAUUAAAUUUAGCCUCUGAACGUUUUUGGAGAGAACUUGGAUAUCGAUAAUCACCGCUGGAAAAUAUAUGUUCCCCUUUGUAAACAAUAAAUCUAGAAAAAAGUGAAAAAACCUAAGUUCCCAUUUUCAGUGCCUGGCUGAUUAGCCUGCUAACAUACUUUCAUCAGCGCUGAGACAUCACCGACGAGGCCCGCGGGCCGGUAUCGAGACGGCGAGGGACGAGAGCGGGCGAGAGGUCUAGAAAAGUUCUCGCGCCAGGCCUCUUACACCGCCUAUCGCACGAUCACUUUGUUCCCCUGCUCGAAUCUCUAGGGCUUAGCUACAAGUGUCGACGGUGCAGCCAUCCGCCAGUGAGAGGCUGCCCGUCGCUAUGGGACCAAAACAACACAUGACUGAUCGGCUGUAAUAGCUACGCACUUUGAAGUGGAGGACAAGCUGACGAUAGAUUUACAUUUGAGAAAUAAUUUUGAAUAGGUUUGUGCGCAGACUCGUAACUUAGCCCCUUUAGUCCUUUGAUAAUGAUUCAACAUUUUCCUAAGUAAAGAAAAGUUAGAUGUAAAUUUUUUGUGUCGCAGUUUUUGAGUUAUUUCUCUUUUAUUAAAAAAAAAAUAAUAACGCUAUGUUAGCGUAUAAAGUGGUUUGUUGCUCGCAUCAAUUAGAUCGCCGCAUUAGGGCAUGUAUCUCGCACCAAUUAGGUUGCCGCAUUGGAGAAUGUAUCUCGCACUAAUCAUAUCACAGCAUUUGAAUAUCUUGCAACAAUCACAGAGUUCGGGUAUUGUUUUCUUGUAAAUGAUGUCAUGGAUCAGGGGGCUGUGCACAGAAAAUGACACAGACCACAAAUUUUGGGCUAAUUUCGAUAAGUGUUAUGUUUUGCGGCCUUCGCGAGAGCUUCGUCGAUUAAGGUCGAGAUUUAUCGGGAUAUAAAAAGGUCCGCAGUUGACCUUUUUGUUUUUAAGUGAAAACGUUUUUUUUUCCGCUCCUUUACUCACAACUCACACACAACUCUUUCGCAACCGUUGUUUGGUCUCAUCAUGGAACGCACUCUCUCUCCAACGGGACGGGGAAUGUAUUGCGUUGUGUGACGAGACAGGAAACAACAGUAAGUGUGGCACUGAUGCAUUUUGUUUUCGCUUAGAAGUAAUUAGACAAUAGAGACAAUAACCACAAAAUACCUGUGUGAGUUCAGAAAAAUUGGUUUUUUUCUUUCUCUUAAGGUAAAGUAAUGCGAUAUUUUCGUCCGUUUGAAAGUUAUGCUCUUUUCUUUCUUUUCUUAUGCUCUUUUUUCCUAUUACAAAACAAUUGGUACACACAGUGUCCCACCUCAACCCACCCAGCCGAAGAAAUAACUCUUACAUGCUACGCAUGCCUAAGUUUAUGUAGAAUUAUCUGGACAGAUGAGACAGUAGAUGGCAUAAUAUCUGUGUGAGUUCAGAUAAAGUAGGUUUUUUCUGUCUUUCUUCAUUUUUUCGUUUUUUGAAAUUUAUGCUCUUUUCGGUGACAAAAAUGAAAACAGUAAGCGCACAAACUGUCCCAUCUCAACCCAUCCAGCCGAAAAGAUAACCCUUGCACGCUAUGCAUACCUAUGUCUAAGAAUUGUUGUUUUGGUUAGCCUGGAACGCAGACAAUGCAUGCAGAGAUUUUUUACUUUGGUUUAAUCAGCGUUUCAGUAAUGUCAAGAUCACAUCACUGGAUAAGAGUAAUAGAAAAACAAAUAUCUCUCCGUCAUAUGAUAGGUAAAUCCAUCAUAAUAAUCGGCAGCUGCCUCUAGAGAAGCUAAAAAAAUAAAGAUUAUCACAAGGCUUCAUUGUUUCAAGCUGAUUUCCGCGAAAUAGUUACUCUCCUCGCUUACAUUUGCUGAACAAAAUGGAUAUCAAAACGUUGCUACACGAUCUUCGUGAAGAAGUGUCAUGUCCUGUGUGUACUAACAUAUACACGGAUCCAAAACAGCUCCAAUGUUUACACAGUUUCUGCCUCCAAUGCUUGAAGCAGUGGCACAGGACAAGCCAUGGCGGAGACAAAAUAAGAUGUCCGAAAUGCCAAGCUCUAAACAAAGUUCCAAAAAGCGGCGAUCUGAAAGAUCUACCAACCAGUUUUUACCUGAACGGCCUGAUUGAUGUGUUAGCCAUUAAAGAAUGUAAAAACAGUGAAGUACCGUGUGGAAAUUGCGACAAGAAAAGCUCCGAGACAUCUUAUUGUUUCCAGUGUUGCAUAUUUUAUUGCCAAGAAUGCGUCAUUGGACACAACAUUAUGCGAAGCAACAAUGAUCAUCGUGUUCUGGUGCUCAAGGAUUUUCAAGAAAAGGACUUCGAGGAUGUAAUGAAACGACCCAUGUACUGUUCGAAACAGCGGCACGAGAAAGAAGAACUAAGAUACUUCUGCAAGAAUUGUACUACGGCAGCUUGCCAAAGCUGUGUUUUGAUAGAUCAUGCGGGUCACGCUAUAGUGCACCUGGACGAAGAAGCUGAAAAACAAAAGAUGCAACUUAAAUCACUGAUAGAAACAAAGAAGAGUGAUUUACAAGCAAAAAUAAACAUUCUAGGACAACUCGACGAGGAUUACGCAAAAACGAUACAAGGAGGAGAAGACUUGAAGCGAGAAGUACAGGAGUUUGUGGACAAUUUGUUUGCAACUGUUGAAGCGAAGAAACAAGCCAUUUAUGAAGUAGUGGAGAGAGAAACGAGGAAAUCGCUUGAAAUUAUUGCAGGGCAGAAAACGCAGAUCGAACGUCAAAUUAUGGUAAUCGAAUCAUCGUUGGAGAGAGCUGAUAAACUAAUGAUACGAAGUACGAACGCCGAGAUCGUUCACUUGAUGAAAUCAUUAGAGACAAUAUUUCAGCGAGAUGAUCAAAACCAAGUAUUGGACCUCGACCUAAAAAAGCCUCCUUUUUCAGCUUUUGUGGAAAAUCAAAAGCUGUUGAACACUAUUGAAGCCGAAGAAAUUGGAUCUUUGCGAGUACUACACCAAACAAAAGCAAGUCAGUCAGUUGCUGAAGGCAUGGGACUUGAUGAAGGAUUUGUUAACCAUAUAGCGCAGUUUAACUUAAUUACAAGAGACGCCGAACGAAGUCAGUGUUACAAUGAACACGAUGACGUAACGGUGGAGAUCAUGGACGAACUAGGACAAGAAUGUGUGGCAGGAGUGCAAAUAAAAGACAAUGAAGAUGGGCUCUAUCAGAUCAGCUAUUUUCCCAGAGAUGUAGGAAAGUUAAAAGUAACAGUAAAGGUAGACGGAGAACAUGUUCAAAACAGCCCUUUUACUAUAAUAGUAAAACCAUUUCAGUUCAAAGUUGUGUCGUCUUUCGGCAAAGAAGGUUCUACUGUAGGAAUGUUUCGUAGUCCUUGGGGGGUGGCGGUAAAUGCCAGGGAUGAAAUAGCUGUGACUGAUUCUUUAAACCACAGAGUUCAAAUUUUUAACAGAAAUGGAAAUCAUUUAAGAUCAUUUGGUAGGGAGGGUGACAAGGCGGGACAUUUUAAAUAUCCGAGGGGAAUAGCAUUUCAUAAUAAUGGGACGAUUUUCGUGGCAGACUCUGGUAACCACAGAAUCCAGAUUUUUAGCGGGGAGGGUCAGUACUUGGGCAGUUUUGGUGAGAAAGGAAACCCUUUUAGACGGCUCAAUUAUCCUUGGGGUUUAUCGGUAGACAAUGAUGGAAACAUUAUUGUUGCUGAUACAGGUGACAAAAUGAUUAAGAUCUUUUCCUCUGAUGGCAUGUUUCUAAGGAAGAUUGGUGGACAAGGGGCUUUUACCUGUCCUAUACACUGUGUACAGUACGAUACAUAUCUCAUAGUGUCGGAUAAAAAUGAACAUUGUAUUAAAGUUUAUGACAGGAAUAGAAACUUUCAGUACAAGUUUGGAAAGGAGGGUGAAGGGGACGGGGAGUUGAUUCACCCCGCAUUUUUGUCAGUGGACAAGUCAGGACACCUGAUGGUAUGUGACUCAUUUAAUGAUAGACUGCAAGUAUUUGAACUGAAUGGACGGUUUCUCAGUAAGUUUGGAACUAAAGGUAGUAAUUUAGGAGAAUUGAAUGGUCCAAGAUCUCUGGCGGAUCUCUCUACUGGGGAAAUUGUUGUCGCUGAUAUGGACAACAAUCGUAUUCAGAUAUUUGAGUGA